CCUGCUGUCCCACCCUCAGCAAGGUGUAGUAUCAUCCCACGCUUCCUUGCUACAGGUUGCUAUGAAACUAGCCUGGGAUAUACCAUUUACUGUAAAGGAGGGAGAGAUGUACGCUUUAGAUUUGUUUCUAAUUGAAAUUCAGACGUAUGCAGUUUAGUGAUCUUUAGCUGUGUGCUUUGUAAAAUAAAAAGGCACAAUGUCCUACGUUGCUUUUAGUCUGUAAAGGGUUUAAUUCUACAAACAGGGAUGUUACAGGUGCAGCGUGUCCUUUGGGUGGAUCCAGUCCCUGCUGCUUACACAUAGGUGUCAGGGUUGAUAGUGCUCAGGUUUAAUCGCAUAGACCUUUGCUACAAGUAUGUGAGCGAACGGGGGGAUGCUGCCCCACAAAUGGGGCUUCCCCUCUCCGUCCACCGUGCCAUACAUGUGGCCCCUAAGGGGCCAGCCAGCCGGUGCCUUUAACUAUUGAAGAGCUGGGCUCUUCUUCUAUUACCUGUUUGUCAACUGACACUGGGAUCCUUUCAUUCUAAUUAUGUCAUUUAUCGAGACGCUAAAUGAAGAAGAAUGCUAUGAGUGUGACUGUGAAAGUGAGCAAGAGGCUCUUUACGAUGAUUCCUCGGAGCAGCUGGAAUUUAUGGAAGAAGUUUUAUGUGCUGAACGAGUUGGCCAGAUGACUAAAACAUACAAUGAUAUAGAUGCUGUAACACGUCUUCUAGAAGAGAAAGAACGAGAUCUAGAGUUGGCUGCUCGGAUUGGUCAGUCUUUGCUAAAGAAGAAUAAAACCCUUACAGAAAGGAACGAAUACCUUGAAGAACAAGUAGAGCACAUAAGAGAAGAGGUAUCCCAGUUACGCCAUGAACUGUCUAUGAAAGAUGAGCUGCUUCAGUUUUACACCAGUGCAGCUGACGAGAGCGAGUCGGACUCCAUCUGUUCAACACCUCUGAAGAGGAAUGAAUCUUCAUCAUCCGUCCAAAGUUUUUUCCCCUUUGAUUCUCUUCAAAAGAAACUGAAAGAUCUCGAGGAUGAGAACAUUGUCCUGCGCUCAGAGGCAUGUCACCUCCAAACGGAGACCAUCACAUAUGAAGAGAAAGAGCAGCAGCUUGUAAAUGACUGCGUAAAAGAGCUAAGGGAUGCAAGUAACCAGAUUGCAAACAUAUCCGAGGAAUUGGCAAAGAAGACGGAAGAUGCAGCACGACAACAAGAAGAGAUCACUCAUCUCUUGUCACAGAUCGUUGACAUUCAGAAAAAAGCAAAAGCAUAUGCAGUGGAAAAUGAGGAACUGGUACAACACUUGGGAGCUGCUAAAGAUGCUCAGCGGCAACUUACAGCAGAGCUGCGGGAGCUGGAGGACAAGUAUGCAGAGUGCAUGGAAAUGCUUCAUGAGGCACAGGAGGAGCUGAAAAACCUUAGAAAUAAAACCAUGCCAAAUGUAAUUUCUCGACGUUAUCAUAACAUAGGUGUAUUUCCUAUGGACUCCUUAGCAGCUGAGAUAGAGGGAUCGAUGAGGAAAGAGCUUCAGAUAGAUGAGCCCGACUCCUCGGAAAUGAAUGGCAAUCAUCAGAAGCGCGUGUUUGAGACGGUGAAGAACGUGAACCAGGUAGUAAAGCAGAAAUCUCUGGCACCUUCUCCAAUGAACAUCCCAGGCUCUAACCAGUCAUCUUCUAUGAACUCUCUAAUGUCAAGCUGUGUCAGCACACCACGCUCCAGCCUUUAUGGAGGGGAUAUCUCUAACAUAGUUAUUGAUAACAAAACUAAUAGCAUUAUCCUGGAAACGGCGGAGUCAACUGACAACAGCGAUGAUAAAAACAAGAAGCCUGGAACGCCUGGCACUCCAGGCUCUAACGACCUGGCGACAGCUUUGCGGCGGUUGUCCCUUCGGCGAGAGAACUACAUCCUAGAGCGCAAGUUCUUCGAAGAUGAUCAGGAGCGGAAGCUGCGUAGUCUUGCCGAGAAGGAAGAGCUCCGCAGUGGGUCUCUUACGCCUACAGAAAGCAUCAUGUCCCUGGGCACCCACUCUUCCAGGUUGUCAGAGUUCACUGGAAUCUCAGGAAUGUCCUUCAGCAGCCGCUCUUACCUGCCAGAGAAACUGCAGAUCGUGAAGCCCCUAGAAGGAUCAGCAACUUUACAUCAGUGGCAGCAGUUGGCACAACCACAUCUUGGAGGAAUCCUGGAUCCUAGGCCUGGCGUUGUUACCAAAGGCUUCCGAACCUUAGAUCUGGACCAGGAGGAAGUGUACUGCUUCACUGACUAUGAAGAAGAUGAGACAGGUGACAUUCCUUACAAGGGCUUAACUACCUCGAGUCCCGUCCAUCAUUUAGAGACCUCAGGUGAGAGGUCUCAAGCACAAGUGACUGUGUCUGACAGCAAGAAUUGUCCAAGCCAUUCUCAUGCUGCCCCCGAGGACUUGCAAGAGCCCGCGACAGACGAUGAUGAGGGGUCUGUGUACCACCCUGGGAAAUGCUUGUCUCAGACCAACUCUACAUUUACGUUUACUACUUGUCGGAUCUUGCACCCAUCUGAUGAACUCACCCGUGUCACUCCAAGCCUUAAUGCAACACCCACUCCAGCUUCUGUCAUCUUCAGCAAUCUAAAACCAACGCCAGCAAGCACACCCUGCACACCUCGACGUUUGAGUUUGGCCGAGUCUUUUACCAACCUAAGAGAAUCAACAACCACUAUGAGCACAUCUUUAGGACUGGUGAGGCUAUUGAAAGAGCAAGGCAUUUCAGCAGCUAUGUACAACCCCCAAAGUUGGGACAGGGCUGGAAAGGUUUCUUUUAUGAAUCAAUCGCUUCCAAAAAUGGCUGUUAUACCUUCCACGCCUCCAAAUUCGCCUAUGCAGACGCCAAGCUCUUCUCCUCCUUCCAUAGACUUUAAAUGCACCAGCCCACCUUACGAUAACUUCCUGGCUUCGAAGCCUGCCAGCUCCAUCCUGAAGGAAGUGAGGGAGAAAAAAAACAUAAGAAGUAGUGAAUGUCAAACUGAUGUCUCUGUCUCCAACCUUAAUUUGGUGGAUAAAGUGAAAAAAUUUGGAAUUGCCAAAGUCUCAGGACCAUCACAGGCCUCUGCUGUAUGCGAAAGCCACAGGCCUAUUAUAUGUGGCGCACAGGGACCAAUGCAAGCAUAUGGUCCUGGAGGCCUUAUACCAGAAGGUCUGCCUUUAAAUUACUCUGCUGUUACAAGUGGCAUACAGCUAAACACUGGAAUUCGUAGGAAUCGGAGCUUCCCAACAAUGGUAGGAUCUAGUAUGCAGAUGAAAGCACCAUCGACAUUGACACCAGGCAUCCUAAUGGGAGCCAAGUUACCAAAACAGACAAGCUUACGAUGAGAAACAGCCCAACAUCGGCAACCAUAUGACUGGUCUCAAAGGCCGAUCAUUAGCUUAUGUGCUUAUAUUGUGAAAUCCUGCAUCCAACGGUUAUCUAGGGGGCUAUGACUUCCUUUUGAGUUGCCACCUCUCCCUUAUUUCCUUUCGCUUGUACUGACAAAUCAUCGUUGUGCCUAGAUGAGAAGUGGAGACUAAACUUUGUAUAAAUCUGUAGAUAAGGAGCAUAUUGCAACUAUAUUAAUUUCGCCAACUGAAAGUGGUGAUUUACGGAUGUUGCUGUAAUAUUGUAGAUAAUAUUAUAUUGUACAAUAAAUAAAUGGGGCAAGUGGGGGUACUGUAUGCACUGACUUUAAUGGACUUCUGCAGCUUAGAAUGCAAAAAUAGUUUUAGAAUUAAAUCAAGUUUUGGACUGACCAAGGUUUUUAAUUUAUGUAAAAGGAAAUUUAACCCAUACACAGGUGUGAGGUAUCCUUGGGUAUGUUAAGAAAUUUCCUUUGUUUUUGUUUAAUGAUGCAAUAAAUCAAUAUCCUUUUUGUAAGGUCUUAAAAAAAUUAUCAUUGCAACUAUAGAGGCUGAAUACCAACAAAAUUGAUAAAAUGUGACUGACAUUUCACAAUAUAAUUUGAAUUAUUAUGAAUAAAAAAAAGAACUUACUUAAAGGGUAACUUCAUCUAGUUAGUUAAGGGAGCCAUUUUGUGAACUGAUCUGCUUGCCCCAUCAGUUCCUUAUGAAUUAAGAGCACCAGUAUUGUUGCAGUGCAUAAAAUGGCUUCCAGCACUUCUGUAGGUAUCGUGUACAAUAAUAGCGAUAUACAAUACAUAUUUUUGAACACUGCAUUGGCCAAUGGUAUGUUUCUCUGUUGGCACAGUGGACUACUUUGCAAUCAUUUCACACAAGUUCUGCACAUUCUCUUUUAUUAGUUAUUCUCACUGUGCACUAGAACCUAUUUUGGAUAUCAGGAACAAAAAGGGAUUGGUAGGACACAAACGAAACGCAAGACUGUGCUGUCAAUUAACUUAAAUACUUGAAAUAUAAGCCUGUAAAGCGAGCUAUUUAUUGUUGGCUGAUGAAGGAACUAGUUUUUUUAUGUUUGUUAAAGAAGGUCAAUAUUAUAUAAAGUUAGUACAUUUUAAAAAAAUCUUAAGCGCACUAACUGUAUUGUUUUUGUUUUAGGUCAAUUGCAUUUUAAACUUUUUUUUUUUUUUUUUUUUUAAGAAAAAGGUCUUAAUCACAGGCCCAUAUAAUUCGUUUUUUUUUUAAUGCACACUAGGCCAUUCAAUAAAGUUAUAGUCCACUACA